GGUCACAUCGAAGUCGAUUCGGCUGAUUCUUGGACGGAUCGAUCGCUCUCGUCGAGUUCUCGAAGCCCAGCUGAAGAGCUUGCGUCGAAACGGUCGUCGCGCCACUGGCGGUCCGCGCGCCGCGGCGCGGAGACGCGGCGCACGGGGAGGUAGAGGCUCUGGCCCACGUCGGCGUUCGUCAGAAAGGACGUCGGGCUCCGCUCCGGCGGCCAGGCGUCGCGCACGAAGCCGUAGGAGUGGAACGCGACGCGGCCGAGCGCCCAGCGCGCGGCACCGUCGUCGCCGGGCGUCGCGUAGUCCCGGGCCUCCUCGAAGGACGCGGCGCCGUAGAAGCGCACGGUGGCGCCUGGGCAGGACAAGGGUGAUUCAACGUCGCUUCAACGUGAGUGUUCCGCGCGCGCGCGUCACGAGAAAAACAUCCACGCUUCGAGACCGUUCCGAGGGAUGAUCGCUCGUCCAAAAAUCAGCCGAAACGAGUGGAAAACGGCCGAGAUAUGAGGCUUUGAAGUUGGGAAUUUCGCUCUCUUGUCCUGCCCCGGGUGGCGCCCUCGGGCAUGCCCGGCUCGAAGUUUGGCGGCCGGAAGCGGUGCCAGGGCGUCUCCUGAUGUUCGACGAAGCGGCCGUCGGCGAGGCGGACCGUCUCGGGCUUGGGCGGCUUGGGCAGGUAGCACUGGACGACGACGAGGGCAUCGCGGCCGUCGGACGCCGGGUGUGCGCAGAUGCGCACGU